AUCAAUUAAGGCUUUGUCAAUGUUUUAUUAUAAGUUCAGUCAGUGUUCAGCCGCCAAUGUGUGAUGUGUUAUUUGUUAUGUAUUGUUCCCGAUUUAUUUUGAUUUGAGAUCGUUUUGUUCAGAUCUAAGAAAAAUGACGUCCAGUACGAGUAGAGAAAAUCUGUUGCAGCCGUCAACGCUCCAGGAAGCUAUUAACGUAAUCAAGUUUCUUACUACGUCACAUAAACAAGAAAUUGCGAAACUCAGAGACGCCUACAUAAAACAGGCUGAGACCAUUAAAAAGCUCGAAGAUAACAGAAAAAGGGAAUUAGAAUUCUUGUCUAAGGAACUUGAAAAUUACGAAUUAAAUCUAGCUAUAAGAACCGAGGCAGUGAACAAACAAUUAGCACAAAAAGAUGAAAUAAUAAAAAAACAAGAAGAUAUUAUUGAAGAAAUAACUAAUAAACUUAAAAUCAAAGAGGCUUUAAGUGUACCGGAAAUCACAAUUAAUAUAGAAUCUAACUCUGACUCUGGCGUUGCAUUGGAUGUCGAUGAUAACUUAUGUAAAUCUAAGGAUGGAAAAGCGGCCCCAAAAACUACAAGAAAAGGCAGUCGGCGAUUUGCAGAUUCCAUCAGUUUCUUACGUCGAGUAGAUUUCUCUCCAAUGAAAUACAAACCAAGUAAUCGCGAAGGCACUAAAAAAAAGGAUGAGAAAAAGAAAAACCUAGAGGUACCUCGAACCGAAUCCAGAGUCCUGGUCCGCCAACUCAGCUCAGAAAAAGCGACAAGUGAUGAAGAUAGACAGCUUUCUGAGGACGUCGAUGCGACGCUCUCAGAUGAUACGAUGAACACUUCACUAUUAAUAAGGCCAAAGAAAUUAGAUGAAAGUAUGAAUAAUCACUUCUCCGAUGACGGAAGUGAAGACACCAGUGAAGAACUCUUCGACAGAGUGAUGAUCAGAAGUAGCGUCAGGAGAUCAGUCAAAGCAAACCCGAAGUACAAAAAGAUAAAUCGAACGAAAUCGAAACUCCUAGAACAAGUGAAAAUUAAUAUGGUCGACUGAAUGGAAAUUUACGCUUAUUAUUUAUUUUGAUCGCAUUUCAAUUUAAUUGGAUUGGGAUUGCAUUAAAUAGCAUUUAUGUGAA